GAGCCGCAGCCGGCCCCCGCAGACCGCGUGUGUGCUCUCUCUCCCCUCCUCCCCCUCCCCCUCUCCGUGCGACGACUGGGUGGGCUACCGCCGCCCUACGCAAGGUGCCGAGAACUUCGCCGAUAUCUGCGCCGGAGAAGAGCGCCCACCAGAUCAGGCGCUUGGAAGGCGCGCUGGCCGGUGGAUGACGAUGGCGGGUGGCGGGGGACUGAACCGGUCUUCAUCGAGGGGGCAGCUGCCGCCGCAAGAGCUGCUUGACGAUCUCUGCAGCCGGUUCCUUCUGAAUGUGCCCAAGGAGGAGCUGGAGUCGUUCGAGCGGAUCCUGUUCCUGCUGGAGCAGGCGCACUGGUUCUAUGAGGACAACUCCGUUGAGCACAACCCCAACCUCAAGUCCCUCUCCUUCAAGGACUUCACUUCCCUCAUGUUCAAGAGCUGCACUGCUCUCCGGCCCUACAUCGCGCACCUGGAUGAUAUCUACAAGGACUUCAACAACUACAAGUUUCGUGUGCCUGUGUCCGGCGCCAUCAUCCUAGACGACACUUAUGAGAGGUGCUUGCUUGUUAAAGGAUGGAAGGCUGGGGCCAGCAGGAGCUUUCCUCGUGGAAAGAGGAAUAAAGAUGAGGAAGACCACACAUGUGCUGUUAGAGAAGUAAACUUCUGCCUAUAUCAUGUUCAUGCCUGCAGUUUAUUUUCCUUUUUGAGUGCACCCUACAAUUUCUUUGAAGCAUAUUAUACUUGCAGCAAUGAAAUAUAUUAUGAAUAUAUUCUUUGAUACCAUUCAACACCAUUCGCUACUUUUAUAUGAUCAUAGUCCCUGCUUGGUUAGAGUUGAGUUUACAAAUUGCAUUUUUCAUAUCUCUAGAUCUUCUAAUACUUUUAUCUCUUCUUCACGGCAAAUGUCUGUUUGGUUAAACAUGUAUACAUUUCAUAUCUCUUGAGAACUAAUCUAGAUAUUCAGUUAGUUCGAAGGAUUGUUAGUUAGUUCAAAGGAUUGGCAAGUUUCUAGGUUCGACUGGCAAUUAGAAUUGAGAGAAUCCUUGUUAGUUUUAUUAUUUUUUUGCCUAUCACAUUCCACAAAGCUCAUAUUAGUGUUAGCAUUGCACCUCUAGAUGUGGUAGAUCAGGAGUAUCCUUAGCCACAUCUGGUGUGGUCUGUAACACAGCAGCGAAGAUGUGCAGAGAGCAAAGGAUAUAUCAUCCAUAUCACAAAAAAUAUGUUUGAAUUUUGGUUUGUAAAAUAUUAGGUCACCAGCUUUCUUCAGAUCAUUUGUCACUUGCCCUUUAAACAUCCUUAGACACCAUGAGCUCGAUUAGAUCAUGAGCAUGGUAGGCAUUUCUAUGACAUAUUAACUUAGAAAUUUCACUAACAAUUUACCAUUCAGUAAAACUAUUUGAGGCUUGCUUCAGUCUAAAGCACUCUUAGCUAGAUCUUUUCCUUUCCAUCGUAGACUGUUUGGAAUGAGCUGCUGCUCCACCAAUUCUUUUGCAACCUCCUUGCUUGACUCAUGAUGAAAACCAAGACGUAAUAUGCCACAAACCUAAUCUAUACUACCUAUUAAGGCUCUAAGGGGUAGGCUGCCUCUGCUUGUUCUGCCUUCCGACGAUCUCAACCGUCCAAUACGCUCUAGAGUCUCUCAGCCGUCCGAUGCGCGCACUCUCACCCCCCACGCAUCGCCCCGCCCCACCCGCUCUAGAAGAAUGCCAUGUUCUCAAGCUGCGCCAACAUCCAGGAAAGAGGCGGAGAAAUGCGACUGCCUUCAAGGUCAAUUUCGUUUUAACCAUCCUGAAAUGUUCAUUGUUAGUUAUCUAUUGACCUGAAAGCACACUGUUAAUUAUGUCUAUGUGAUUGCUGUGAUGCGUGUUAGAUCUGAUGGGCAGCCUCGCUGGGUUGGAGGCAUUGGAGGAGGCGCUGCCUAUUCAGUGAGUUAUUGCCAGUUCAUACUUGAUAGAUUGUUUACUUUUUUGUGAUCUGGGCUCUGCAGGAGAAUUUGGUUCCUUGGGGGAAUCUGUGAAGAAGCAGCUAAUUUGCGUUCUUUGGAGUAUUCCCAUUUGAUUUCUGUAUGUUAAUUUCCUAGAAAAUAUUCAGGUUAGUUUAUUGGAAUUGUAGAGAUUACUGUGUGGGUGUGAUUCUGCCGCUUCUUUCUACAAAUGGUACACUGCUACUUUUUGGACUCAAUGAGUAUUUUCGAGAUAUUAGCUUUAUUAUUUCAUAAAGGAGGAAACGUGAGAUUAGAGAUGGUUUGGAUGUUAGGUAGUAGAACAACGAAUUGUCAUUAGGUGCUUUGUCUGAUAGACUAGAUUUUGCGAUGGUCUAGCUAGGUUGCAGAUAAAAAAUGUCAAAACUGUUUUGUUGUUAAUCUGCAUAGUCUUCAUAUGCUUGUUUACUCUUGGAAGGUGCUGUCAUGUGAUUAGUGUGUUUGCAUCUGGUACACUGUACUAUUUUAUAUUGUUAAUAAUAAUUGUUAAUCUACCCCUUGCCUCCGCAAGAAGAACGACGUCGCCCGCAGCACUGCACAACGGCUCAGUCGAGGCACCCAAUGCCCACCGACACCAGUGAGAUGAGUCAGCGUGAACGAGGUCGAGGCAUUGUACAGGUUGUUCAAGAAGAUCGGCAGCACCUUCAUUAGCAAUGGGUUGAUUAACAAGGUCAGCAAUGGGUGUCUGAUUCACUACUUAGUUCUUAUGUAAUCUCUUAUUAAUCUUUGUAGUAUGUGCAAGUGUGGAUGGUCCUGUUAGUAUCAGUCCUGUCGGUCGAUGUGAACUGGCCUCCAUCUCAUCGCUUAUGAUGAUCGGUGAUUUAAAAUCUUGGAGAUAAGGCUAGAUGAGGUUUUUUAGUUCAAUUUCGCCUAAUGAUGUUUUUAGUUCAAUUUUAAAUUUACUAACAGAAUGAUAAGAAUGUUGUACUAACCAAUUGUUUGGCAUGAUUUUGUUUUGACGGGAUAAAGCAGUUUAAAGUAUGUUUAGCAUACAUCAUCUUUGGAAGUUUGGUUUUGGAUACUUGUUAAUUCUCCUUUACAUGAAAGAAAUACUUGGUGAUUAUGAUGCUAUUCAUGUGAGACGUGGUGAUCUAUUGAAAAAUAGGAAAGAUAGAUUUGGUAUUGAACGGAGCCUUCAUCCUCAUCUAGACAGAGACACCUAACCUGAGUACAUUAUAAAAAGAAUUGCACAAUGGAUUCCACCAGGUCGAACUUUAUUCAUUGCAUCAAAUGAAAGAACUCCAGGCUUCUUUUCCCCUCUGUCAGACAGGUACAAGUUAGCGUACUCGUCCAACUUCAGUAGCAUAUUGGAGCCAAUAAUUGAGAAUAACUAUCAGUUAUUCAUGGUAGAGAGGCUAAUGAUGCAAGGAGCAAAGACAUUUAUCAAGACAAUGCGAGAAUUUGACAGUGAUUUAACCCUUUGUGAUGAUCCCAAAAAGAACACCAAAGUCUGGCAAAAGCCAGUAUAUACAGAUGAUUAACGUUAGUUGGUCGUCAAAUAUAAUGCAGACUUGCAGAACUCACUCUUUUAGCAACCUGAUGGCCUGACAUGGACAGCUGAUUAAACCUGAAGCUGGCAUUGUAGUGUUUGCUGUUAUUGCAGAAGCCAUCUAAAAUCAGCCAGUAGUGGUGGACACUACACCUACGGUUCAUUUCAGCGCAUCUGUUCAUACUACCACGUGUACUUAUAAUCUGGAAAAAGCCAAAAGUCGUGACCUUUUUUUCAUAAUUUUACAAUUAGGAAGUAGUUCACAACUUACAAGAGAAGAUUUGUUUGCAGAUUUAGAAUGCAUAUACAUGUCACAUCCUUCUGUCAGCAUGUGUAAGAAUGAACCAGCACUGUGAGGCUUAUGUGUGGAGAAUAUCAGUAAUUGUUAUUAUCUUUUAAUUCA